ACUUACAAUAUACUAGUUUUAAUUAUAUUUGAAAAAUAGCUAAUUGUGAGAAUAACGCGUGGUCACAUUGCAUUCGUAGCGACGACGGAACGCAUGUCAGUCAGUCAGCAACAGAAUUAUUACGAGCACAAAAAAAGUUAAAUGCAAUAAUUCUGCUAAAUUCGUCAUGUGCAAAACAAACGCGCAUUGAUAUUAUACGUAAAGAGGUAUUCUUAUUGUAAGACCAAGCCUUGACCGAGUCGCGCGAGUGUUUGUUUUGUGUUGAAAGAGAUUAUCAAAUUAGCCACAGAAUCUCGGUUACAACUACUACGAAAAAUUCCUACGGUCGACACAACACACAUUCACACAAACACUCACAUACAAACAUAUGUACACGUAGGUACGUUGAUGCACGGGAGUGAAAGAGUGAAAAUUGCAAAAUUGCGCGUGUGUGUGUGUGUUCUAAAAGUAGUAAUAUAAUAUUACUUGCCCUCAAGCAGCUGUCCUAGGUGCUUGAAGUGUUAUUUUCUCAUUGGUUCCACGUUUGCCGCCUGCUGCCGCCCGCUUCUACAGAAAAUGCCGAUAUAUUUGGCGUAUAAGCAAAGUCACAUACUCAGCCCACAGCAGCUGCGCAAGCUUAGCGAACAUAAAUACUCAUGCUUUAGCGCAAGUUUGCUGGAUCCUUUGCUGCAGCCCUGGUGGAAUUGGUUGGUUGCCCAAACGCCGCUAUGGCUGGCGCCCAAUCUAAUCACAAUCGUCGGCCUAAUACUCAACAUUGUGACAACGUUGAUAUUAAUUUGCUAUAGCCCAAAUGGCGUUGAGCCUCCGCCACGCUGGACCUGCUUUCUGUGUGCCCUCGGUCUGUUCAUUUAUCAGAGUCUGGAUUCAAUUGAUGGGAAGCAGGCGCGUCGAACCAACACCUCAUCGCCGCUGGGCGAACUCUUUGACCAUGGCUGUGACUCCAUAUCGACUAUAUUUGUCGCGCUAUCGGCCUGCAUAUCUUGCCAACUUGGCCACUAUCCCAACUGGUUAUUCUUUCAGUGCUUUUGCGCCAUUGCGUUGUUCUAUUGUGCCCACUGGCAGACCUAUGUCUCCGGGACAAUGCGUUUUGGCCGCAUCGAUGUGACUGAGGCGCAAUUUUCCAUUAUCGCCAUUCAUUUGGUAUCGGCCGCUUUAGGUCCCGAGAUCUGGCUAACCAAGAUACCAAUCGUGGGCGUUUCAUGGAAUUAUGCAAUAUUAGUAAUUAUUACAUUCGGUUAUACAUUGAAUAUAAUCAAUUUUCUCAAAAUGUUUAUUGAAGGCGGCAGUGGCAAAAACGGCUCAUCAGUUGCUGGAACCAGCGUGCUAUCGCCCAGCAUACCAUUGACUCUGGUGGUGCUGCCAGCACUGAUCAUAGCACAAAAGUCGCCGGAGAACAUUUUCACGGAGCACGCUUCCGUUUACAUAUUGGCUUUCGGCAUGGUUGCAGCUAAGAUUACCAACAAGUUGGUGAUUGCACACAUGACCAAGGCAGAGAUGGAGUAUCUGGACUGGUCACUGUUGGGUCCUGCACUAUUGUUCCUUAAUCAGUACUUUAACUGCAUUAUACCUGAGAUCUGGUUGCUUUGGUUUGCUCUCAUCUGGGGCACCCAAGACCUGUUACGCUACUGCUCUCAGGUGUGUUUGGAGAUAUGCCAGCAUCUGCGCAUCGAUCUGUUCAGGAUUCCGUACAGCCCAAAGAGCUCCUCGACCGCCAGCAGCGGCACCGCCACAACAACAACCUCGGUGGGCAGCCAAAGUAAUUUUGGAGCCGAUAAAAAUGGAGGUGCAUCGCACCGGAAAUCAAAGAGCAAAGCGCACUAGGGCGAUGCGUCGCAAGGCGGUUUCACAUUUAAUUUAACUAGUUUCCUUUUACAAAAUAUUUACGGCGUUAGCGCAGGCUUAACAAAUUUUUAAAAACAAAACUCAACCCAACAAAAUUUACCGUCUAAAUGUUAAAGUAAACAAAUUAUAGCAUAAUUAAUUUACAAAAUGUUGUUAACCAAAAUGAAAUGAGAACUGGAGGCAUACCGAUAUCAAUUAUAUGCUAAUAUAUAUUAUAUAUGUAUAUGUAUAUAUAUAUAAAUAUAUUUUAUAUAAUUGUAUAAAUUGUAAACUUACAAUAAUGUAGUCUGCAGUAUUUUUUUACUGCACUAAAUGUAAUUUAGUGCAAAACAGAAAACACGAAACGAAAAACAAACCCUAAUCAAAUGCCAAAAAAAAAAAACUACAAAAAUCAAUCCCACUUCAAUGUUUUUUGGUGUGCAACCCAGCUCAAUUAACGGUUAAGUCGAAGUAAACACAACUGGCUAAACUAAUGAAAAAGUCGGGAAUGUUUUGUCCAAGUCAACAUAAGUUAACAACUAAAUUUCAUGGGUUUCCUUUUUGUUUCAUUAUUUAGUUUUUACCGAGUCGAUCUACUGAUGAACUAUUUAUAUCAUUUAAAUGCUAUGAUACUACAUAUAUUAUGAAACUUCACUGAUACAAAGUACAUACUACUAGUGCUAAUGGAAAAGAACAUAGAAUGUAUUGUAUACGCAAUAAAAGUGGUGUUAUAUUUGCGAUA